AUGCUCAACAUGAAAAAAUCUCCUUCCUGUGUUUUCCUGAGCUUCUCACUCCAUUGCUUCAUAUCCUCCUCAGCUUGGAUUGAUAUGAAUAUCACUAUUGAUAAAUCUGCACUUCUUAGCCUUAAAUCUUUAACCACUUCAGAUCCAUAUGAUUCCUUAUCUACUUGGUCUCUCUCUUCUUCUCCAUGCAAUUGGGUUGGUGUCACCUGCAAUACUCACCAUGGAAGGAUUCGUUCCUUGAACCUUGGUGGCAUGGAUCUUAAAGGUACCAUAUCUCCACAAUUGGGCAAUAUCUCAUUUCUUGUUGAACUUGAUCUUAGUAGCAACAGUUUUUAUGGUCAAAUACCAAGAGAGUUAGUUCGAUUACGUAGAUUGAAACUAUUGAACUUGAGCUACAAUGACUUUCAUGGACAAGUUCCAGCAUUGAUAGGAGAUUUAUCCAUAUUGGAGUACUUAAAUAUUAGAAAUAAUAGUUUUGAUGGAUUUAUUCCACUAUCUCUAUUCAAUCUAUCAAGGUUAGAGGUAUUCGAUUGGAGUUUUAACAAGCUCUCAGGAAUCAUUCCCCAAACAAUUUCCAACUUAUCUUUACUUGAAUUGCUAAAUAUGUCCCAUAACACUUUAGCAUUCUUGUCUCUUAUAGUCACCGAUCUUAAACUUCUUUUCUCUCAUCACUAUCGAGCGUUUCCUCCUCACCUUCGAGUUGUCUCCUCACUGCCAGCUGUUUGUCAUUCAAUUUCAUCAGCUGUUCGUCCAUUUCUGUUGAGUGGUAUCACUGAAUCUCUCCUCUGUUUCUUCGCUGCUAUGUGCUAA